CGUAUAUUAGGGCUCCGAACUCAAAACGAACUUCUUUCCGGUUUCCAACCGAUACUUGUUAAUCCUCGUACCUCGAAGCUCAUUCCAAACACUUUCUGCAAAAUCAAUAGCCUUUGCUGCAAAAGGAUGUCCUUCAUUGAUGAAUUUGAAACCAAUUUGGAAGUCCUGCCAAAUAUACUACAGAAGAAGUAUGGAUUGAUGCGUGAUCUUGAUAAAAGUUUACAAGAAGUCCAGCGGCAAAAUGAUCAGCGUUGUCAACUAGAAGUAGAGGAUAUGAAGCAACGCAUUAAGAGUGGCAAUAUUGCAUCAGACUCAUCACUUAUCAAGUUCUCAGAUGAUGCACUGGAUGAACAAAAGCAUGCCAUCCGGAUUGCUGACGAGAAAGUUGCAUUAGCUAUUCAGGCAUAUGAUCUAGUAGAUACUCAUAUUCAACAGCUUGAUCAGUACUUGAAAAAGUUUGAUGAGGAGCUCCGUAGAGUUGCAGAGAGAGAAAAUGCAGCAGCAGCAGGUUCACCUACUUCAAAUGUUGACAACAAUGUGAAAUCUGGAAGAUCUGGUGAUAGUAGCAAAGGGGGCCGUAAAAAGACUCGUCUUGCGACAGCAACACCCGCAGCUAACCCAACCGGUAUGGAUUUGGAUCUACCUGUUGAUCCAAAUGAGCCAACAUAUUGCUUCUGCAACCAAGUCAGCUACGGUGAAAUGGUUGCAUGUGACAACCCAAAUUGCAAGAUAGAAUGGUUCCACUACGGUUGCGUUGGCCUUAAAGAGCAGCCUAAGGGUAAAUGGUACUGUCCUGAUUGUGCUGGAAAGCGCGGGCGCAAGAAAGGUUACCAGAGAGAUAAAGGAGACAUGAACAUAUUUGCGAAAGAAUAUAACUGCAGAGGGACUUACCAGAGAGUUCCAGGCACUAUAGAGAGGGGCAAAAUUUAUAGGGAGCCAACCGGAGAAGGACAUAAUAUUGGCUGUGGAGUCGCUAGAAAAACGACCAUGCCACGAGCUAAUUGAGCGAAUCGUAGAGGACGAUUGCCGAUUGCCGAUCAUGCCACAAGCCUCGCCUUUGACGUCCUCUGGAUCGAUGAUUGCCGUAGCGAAUACGAGGAUUACACGGAGCAAGAAGCUAAGUAGAAGAUGGGUUGGAAGGUGAUUCUUGCAACCAAUGUGAUUGUGACGUCGAAAGUAUCCAGUACCAAAGCCAAAACAGUAAAUCAGACUGUAAUUUUUUUUCUUAUUGGGCAAAAAAUCAGACUGUAGUUUGGGGUUUAUGUGAAAAAGACUAUGCACUUGGUUCCUGAUUUUCGUUUCUAUUUUCUUUUUCCUUCAGCA